AUGAGUAAUUCAUACCAAGCCGUUGUCAUGAUGAUUGAUAACUCAAUCACCUCCAUUAACGGCGAUUUUUAUCCAAAUCGUCUUGCUGCGCAAACUCUUGCCGCUGAUCGACUUCUUGCCAGCUAUCACAAGAACUCUGCUAAAAAUCAGUUUGCUGUUGCAACAAUUGGCUCGGGAAACUUCGGUAUUCAAUUAUCACUGUGCAAAGACAUGAUCAAAGUCAGCCACGCUUUAGAUGCAAUCACAAUUGGUGGAGAAAUUCGUUUUGAAAACGCUAUUCGCUGUGGAUUCUUAGCUCUUCGUCACCGUGAUCAAGAAGUCUCUAUCAAAAGGAUCGUAAUCUUCGUUGGUUCCCAUCAUGAUUUUACACAAGAAAGAAUCGAAGCUCUUGUACGUGAUACUAACAAGGAAGCCGUUGGUGUUGAUAUUAUAGCCUUUGGUGAUGAUGUUAACUCACCAGAAAUCUUAGAAAGUUAUAUUAAGCAAUUAACUCAACCAUCUCACUUUAUCCGUCUUCAAGUCAGCAAGACAAUUCUCUCUGACUUAGUUUUACUCUCUCCAAUCGGCCCGGGAGAUGCUGGCGAUCCAAAUAUUGUUGAUGAUGACAUUCAACAAGCCAUCAACGCUUCUCUUCAAGAAUAUGCCGAUGAAGAUGAAGAAUUCCGUAGAGUCCUCGAAGAAUCUAGGCAUGAAACAGAAAAUCAAAAUUAUCUCAACUCAGUUCGUCAAUACAUCAACGAAAACAACACAGCAGAUGGCGGCGCUGAUGAGGAGAUGGAUCCCGAGCUCCAGGCUACUCUUGCUGCUUCAAGAAACGAAGCACAACAAAAUUCGGAACCUAAGCCAGCAGUUCCAGUUCCAAAGGCUCCAGAUAUGGGCGAAGAUGAUCUGAAUGACCCAGAAUUACAGAGAGCAUUGAGAGAAUCAUUACAGGAGGCAGAAAUGAACGAUCCUGAAUUACAAGCAAUUCUAAAGGCUUCUAUGCAAGAUGCUCCAAAGGAAAAUAAUGAUGAUAUUGAUAUGGAUGAUCCUGAAUUAAAGGCAGCUCUUGAAGCUUCUCGCGAACUUCCAGAAAAUAAUAAUGACAAGAUUCAACAGGAAUUAGAGGAUCCAGAUACAUUAAAUAGCAUUUUGUCUGGCCUCCCUGGUGUUGAUCCAAAUAGCGACCUCUUCAAGAAGGAUAAGAAGAAAGAUGACGAAAAAGAUAAGGACAAGAAGUAA